AUGUUGCAUCGUAGACUGCGCUUGCUGCUUAAAAUUAUCUACUUCCAGAUGCUCAUCUGGGGCUUAGUGCCGCGGAAACUGUGCAUAAGGAACGGUCGUGUUAGCAUCAGAAAAGUAUCUACCGGAUAUCUGAUUUAUAGUGUGUGCUUGAGUGCGAUAUUGCUGUUGCACAUACCGUUAAUGAUGACCCACGGCAUUAUCGACGGCUACAUGAGGAACCACAUUGUGCUGCAAUGGGGUCUGAUUGUGUCAUUGCUGAUGCGCAUUAUUGCCAUACUGAGCUGUUAUGGACUCGUUUGGUUGCAACGCCGUCGGCUCAUACAACUUUGCACGGACUUUGUGGUGCAUUGGAUGACACACUGGCACAUCCUGCGGUUCAUUGCCGGCGAGGAUGCACUGAGACAACUGCAAAUGCACCUUGCAUUUCAAUUGAGCCGCAAGCUAUGCGUUAAUUAUGCAAUGCUCAGCUGCUCGAUAUUUAUGCAGUGUCGACUGCUCACUGAGGUCCAACUGCCCGAGCUGCUGAUACGUUUCGUACCAAUUUUGAUGAUCUCCGUUGGAAGAAUUACCUUCUUCACGGUGCUCGUGCUUCUCAGUCAUCAGUUUCAGGCCGUACAGCUGGCACUGCAGGCACUCAGAAAAGAGGCCAGAUCCCGAUUGUUGGUGACAAAUCUCAGGCGGAUUGGUGCCGUUCACUUUGAGUGCCUGAAGCUAGCUAUGAGAGCCUUCAGCCUCUAUGAUGUUGCCAAUGCGAUCAUAUUUUUGAAUAUAUUUGUGGCCCAAGUAAAUAUUCUAUAUCAUGCCGUGCAAUUUGGCAAUAAGACAAUUGCAUCUGAUCACUGGGGCUUUAUGCUUGGGAAUGUAUUCGUGGCCCUCAACAUUUGGAAUUCCAUCCUACUUAUGAAUAUGGUAGAUUAUGCAGUUAAUUCCUGCAAUCAGACAGAGCAACAGAUUCGACAGUUCAACGAUCUACGAAUGCUGGGAAAGGACUCGGAAAGGGAGUUGGAACUCUUUAUGACUCAUUUGCGUGGUAACCGACUUGUCUACAGAAUUUGCCACUGUGUGAUCCUUGACAAACCAGCCUGCUUGGGUUAUAUGGCCUCAGUGCUGUGCUAUAUCAUCAUUCUAAUGCAGUUCGAUCUGAAGCGUAGGAAAGAAGCGGGUUUGAGAUACGAAGACUUCUUCAAUAAUGAAAAAGGUGUCAAAUAA